AGCUGAUCGGAGAGACACCACUCUGCCAGCCCUUUCCUACAAAUCGCAAUCACUUCCUACCCCCCCUCUUUAGCAUAUUUGAUCACUUUGAUUCCCAGCUCUUGCCUUUUAUUUGAGCUUUUUUAUUCUGCAUGAAGGAUGUCCAGCAGCAGCAGCAGGCUGUGAACUGUUUCCCUUUAUUAUUGUUGUUGUUAUUAUUGUUAUUAUUAUUUGCUGCUGGAGAGUGGACUUCUUUUCAUGUUGUGAGGCAGCUCGGAGGAAGAAGCCCUAGGAAGGAAGGAAAUCUGAGCAAAAGUCUACAGCUUUGCCCCCACUGCUGGAGAAUAAAUUCCCCCAUUCUGGUUGUCAGCGCUGGAGAAGAGCUGGUCUCCCCAGUCUGGCUGUAAUCCUUAACCCUUCCUCUCUACCCAUUCCCAUGGCUUUUCUGAAUGGCUGACUGUGAUGUUCCCAGGACCUGGCCCCCUGCACUAAGUCUGCUGCCCCUCAGCUGCUCAGAGACAUUCCCACCAAGUCUGCAGAUACUCGGCCAGAAGAGCUCACUAUUCUGUUGAUCCACGUCUGACUCUUUGGUUUGCUUUUUUUUCCUUCGUACCCCCUCCCCCAUUUUUUUGUAUUAUUUAUUAUUAAAGCUGCCUCAUCAGAAUCCCCAUACCAUCAUAAGAAAAAGGGGGAAAAGCAUCCAGUGUGGAAACGGUUUCCAAUAGAUAUGGCAAUGGUAGUGGGUGCGUGGCGAGACCCCCAAGACGAUGUGCCAGGAACUCAACCUUCUCAGGCGCCUCCAGGGCAAGGACCAGCUGGGGCACCUCACACCCCACAGACCCCAGGGCAAGGGGUGCCCUCUACGACCCCAGCUCAAUCCAACCAGUCCAGCCAGAACAGCCAGAACCAAGAAAAACAACAGCAGCAGCAGCACAUAGAGUGUGUAGUUUGUGGGGACAAAUCGAGUGGCAAACACUACGGCCAGUUUACUUGUGAAGGUUGCAAGAGCUUCUUCAAGAGAAGUGUCAGGAGGAAUUUGAGUUACACUUGUCGUGCCAACAGGAACUGCCCUAUAGACCAGCACCACCGCAAUCAGUGUCAAUACUGUCGCCUCAAAAAAUGUCUCAAAGUUGGCAUGAGACGGGAAGUUUCUUCUUUAUUUACUGCAGCCGUACAGAGGGGCAGAAUGCCACCCACACAGCCUACACAUGGUCAGUUCGCCUUGACAAAUGGGGACCCACUCAACUGCCAUUCCUACUUAUCCGGAUAUAUAUCCCUUCUUCUGAGAGCAGAACCCUACCCGACCUCUAGAUUUGGCAGCCAGUGCAUGCAACCCAACAACAUUAUGGGCAUCGAGAACAUUUGUGAACUGGCAGCCAGGAUGCUCUUUAGUGCUGUGGAGUGGGCAAGGAACAUUCCCUUCUUCCCAGACCUGCAGAUCACAGACCAGGUGGCACUUCUCAGGCUGACCUGGAGUGAGUUAUUUGUACUCAACGCUGCCCAGUGCUCAAUGCCCCUCCACGUAGCCCCUCUGCUGGCCGCAGCUGGUCUCCACGCCUCCCCCAUGUCUGCGGACAGAGUGGUCGCCUUUAUGGACCACAUACGAAUCUUCCAAGAGCAAGUAGAAAAACUGAAAGCAUUGCACGUUGACUCUGCAGAAUACAGUUGUUUAAAGGCUAUAGUUCUCUUCACUUCAGAUGCCUGUGGCCUUUCAGAUGUUGCCCAUGUGGAAAGUUUGCAGGAAAAGUCUCAAUGUGCAUUGGAAGAAUACGUUAGAAGCCAGUACCCCAACCAACCUACAAGAUUUGGAAAACUGUUACUUCGCCUACCUUCACUUCGCACUGUCUCCUCCUCUGUCAUAGAGCAAUUGUUUUUCGUCCGUUUGAAUGAAGAAACUUCUGAUAAAUUUGAACCAGAUCCUAAAGUGUUCAUUAACAAUUAUUGAGACAUAAACAAGAACAACAGGACGUUAUCAAUAAAACCUUCCAGAGGCGGUUUUUUCAAAUAUGAAAAAUGGGGGAAAACGUUUUCAGUAAUUGUUAGAUGAAUUGUAACAAUACCAGGUGAUAUGUAGUCCAGCAAAAUUGUGUUUUUUUACACUUAUGUGAGUAACACAAGAGAUCUAUUUCUGUACAAUAAAGCAGACAAUAUAAGUGCUAUGUUUCACCUACCAUGAGAUGAACUCAUCUGGUUUUAUAAAAGCAAUACAAGCAUCACUGAUUUCCCAAUACUGUUCAUUUAUCUAAUUGGACUUGUCUCUUGUAACUGUGUCUUUAAAUGUGUUUAAUUUGAAAUCAUUUAUUUAUGUAUUUGUCUGUUUAUUUAUUAACCAAUCACAUCCAAGGCAAUGCUGAGGUUGUUUUAACCUAUUGGUGAAACAGACAAUGCCUGUUCUAAAUUUAGUGUGUCUACAAAAUGAAUAUUAGUUGUAAUAAAUACCCAUGAAAUCAGAAUGAAUGGCGCAAAAGGUUAAAUGUGUAUGUUCCAGCAAAUCAUUUCAUGUAAACUUAUUUGCAAUAUAAAACAAUGAUUGUUAAUUAAACGUAUUACUGAAAUGUGAAA